AAACAAUUGAAAUCAAGAAAACAAAAACAAUUAUAAUAAUAUAAGAGAAUCACAAAGUAAACUUCGCCUUUGAGUUUUCUAUCAAUCGGUUGUUUCCAUUCCCAGGUUUCAAUCGAAAAUUCCCUCACUUUCUCGUGUACAUAGAUCGAUCUUCAAAGCUUCGUCAUCUGGGUCUUGUAAAUUUCUAGGCUCUAAGGAAUUUUACUCUCAAAGUUUCUAUCUUUCUAAUGGAUUCUCAGGCUAGGUGAUCGAUUAGGGUUUGGAAUUGUAUCGGUGUAAAAGUCUCAUUGGAUUCUAUUAAGAUUGGUAGAGCCUUGGGAUUGAAUUAGGGUUUCUUGAUUCUGUAACCAUGGCGGAUGCUGUGUCUUUGGUGUGUCAUCGACCUUCGAUUGUGAGGAUCUCUGUCAAGAACGAAGCGAAAACUCAGAAGCUACAGAGCACAGUUCGAUUCCCCGUGAAAGGGGUUGUGUUUGAUAAGAUUCAGAGUGUGGGAAAGAAGCCAAUCAGGGCACUUGCUAUGGAGCUAACGAAAGAGAUGCCUGCUUAUAGGAAGAAAGACGAGAGGUUGCCAAAGACUUGGAGCUACCUUGAUUCUGGUUCGAUUGAUAAACCCGGUUUGUGGCCUCCUGAGAACAAAGCCGACAAGCCUUCCUUGCACAACCCUUUGCUAAGGCAAGAGCGUAUGGGUUGUGGUUGGUUAGGUGCGAUCUUUGAGUGGGAAGGGGUUUUGAUUGAAGACAAUCCUGACCUUGAGAACCAGUCAUGGCUUACUUUAGCUCAGGAGGAAGGUAAGUCCCCUCCUCCAGCUUUUGUGCUUAGACGUAUUGAAGGGAUGAAGAACGAGCAAGCGGUUUCUGAGGUACUGUGUUGGUCGAGAGACCCUGCUCAAGUUAGGAGAAUGGCGUCACGGAAAGAAGAGAUCUUCAAGGCUUUACAUGGAGGAGUGUAUAGACUCAGAGACGGGUCACAGGAGUUUGUGAAUGUCUUGAUGAACAACAAGAUCCCCAUGGCUUUGGUUUCGACCCGUCCUCGUGAGACGCUAGAGAAUGCUGUUGGUUCGAUAGGGAUAAGGAAGUUCUUUAGUGUGAUAGUUGCAUCUGAAGAUGUUCACAGAGGUAAACCGGAUCCGGAGAUGUUUGUUUACGCAGCGCAGCUUCUUGAUUUCAUACCGGAACGUUGCAUUGUGUUUGGAAACUCGAACCAGACCAUUGAGGCUGCUCAUGAUGGGAAGAUGAAGUGUGUGGCUGUCGCUAGCAAACACCCGAUGUAUGAGCUUGGAGCUGCUGAUCUGGUGGUGAGAAGGUUAGACGAGCUCUCGGUUAUUGAUUUGAAGAAGCUUGCGGCUGUUGAAUUGGCAGAGUUCGAACCGGAGUUGCAGAUGGAGAAGGAAGAUGAGCGUGAGCUGCCUUCAUCUAAUGUAGCAGUUGAUGAUAUCUUCUAAUGGGAGUGAUCUUCUGUAAUGUUGUACAGUUUUAUGGAUUUGGAUUCUUCCUCAUGUAAUUCGGAUUCACAAAAUGUUAUAGUUUCUGUGUAUAAUUGGAACAGGUUAAAUGGAAAAAUAUAUAAAUGUA